AUGAAAUGGUCAACUGUUGCACCUGGUUCAUCUGUCAUUCUUGUUGGUACACAUCAUGAUCAAAUAGUUAAAUUAAAAAAUUAUCGUCAAUUAUCUGAAAAUUUUCAAUCAAUUAUCUAUAAACGUUUUAUAGAUACAACACAAAGUGAAAAAUUAGGUUAUCCAAAAGUUCUUGAUUCAAUUGAAAUAAGUAGUAAAACAGGUUAUAAUAUAAAACAUCUAUGUACAGUAAUAUAUGAUAUUGCUGGACAAUUAUUAGUACCAAAUAUUAAAGAUCAAAAUAUAUUUCAACAAAGAAUACCAGCAAAAUAUAUUUAUUUGGAAGAAGCACUUGAAGAAUAUCGAAUAAAUAAAAAAAUAUCAAUGUUAAAUGAUAAAGAAUAUCAAGAAUUAAUUAAAGAAAUAUCUCAACAGACGAAUCAUGUUCAAUUUCGUGAUUAUGUUGAACUUCAACAAGCAACUAAAUGGUUACAUGAAAAUGGUAUAAUUAUACAUUUUGAAGAUACUUUAUUAUCAAAUUAUUAUUUUCUUGAUCCACAAUAUUUAGCCGAAUUAUUAACACAAUUAAUUGCUUCAGAACAAACAAAUGGUCUUGCAAGACAUGGACUUAUGAAAAUCAGUGAAUUACCUAUGGCAUUUGAAGAUACAAAUAAAUCUGCAAUUCAUAAUAUAUCUGUUAUUCUUCCUUUAUUACAUAAAUUUGAUCUUGCAAUAACAUGGGAUAAUCAACAUUUAAUAUUUCCAUCACUUCUUCCAAUACAAUUAAGUCUAAAUACAAUUUCAAGUCAUUGUCGUGCAUCGAUUAUAUCUUCAUCAAGUAUAAUUAAAUUUAAAGAAAAUUCUAAUCAAUUUCAAUAUAUAAAUCAUUUAACUAAUGAAAAUGCAAUGAAAUCAUUAUCAUUACAUUUAAAAUAUUUAGCACGUAUACAAAAAGAUGAUAAUAAAUGUUAUUCAUAUAUUCGUCGUUAUUAUCAUUUAAUAUUUAUUCCAACAUGUUUUUGGUCACGUUUAUUUACACGUUUAAUUGGUGAUAAACAAUUACAAAAAACAUUUACAAAUUAUUUUCAUGUUGAUUUACAAAUAAAUUCUUCAAAUAAUAAAAUAAAAAAUAUUCUUAUGGCUGAAUGUUCAUGGAUUGUUUGUCAAACAGGUUUAGAACUUCGUUAUUAUGAUUGUUGUCUAUUAAGAAUUAAUCAAAUAAAUUUAACAUCAUCAAUAAUUGAUGAUAAUAUAUCAUAUUCAUAUUUAAAUGUUAUUUUUCAAUUUCAUACAGAUGAAGAACAAAAUAAACAAAUUUUACCAUUUAAUGAUCAAGGAUCAUUAAUUGAAAUUUUAAUUUGUACAAGUGAUUUACAAAUGAUUAUUGGAUCAAAUGAUGAUGAAAAUGAAGAUUCGAAUUCAUUUAUUAUUGAAUUACUUGUACAACAAAGUACAAUUGGACGUAUAUUAACAAUAUUAAUGUCACAUAUUGAUACUUUAUUAGAAGAUUGGUAUCCUGAAAUGGGUACAAGAUUUGUACAAAAUUCUAAAGGUGAUUAUUUAGUUAAUCGUUUUAUUCCAUGUCAUCAAUGUUUAAACGAAAAUGAUCAAUCAGAAAAUUUUAUUUGUCAAACAUUUUGGUUAGAAGCAUUAAUGAUGUCUAUUGAAAAAGGAAUGGAGAUUAAAUGUGACAAACAUGGAGAAUUUUCUUUAAAAUCUAUUGCACCUGAUUUGAUUUUUUGUGAUUUAUCAACGGGUAAUUUUAUUAUUCCAUUUGAAACAAUUAAAUUGAAAAAAUUCAUUGGACAAGGUACAUUUGGUACUGUUUUUGCUGCAACAUCAUUCAAAUCGGCAGUCGAUCUUGCUUGUAAAGCUUUUGUACCAAUUGAUUCUUCAAUUACUAAGGGUCUUAUUGAACAAGCACAUGGUGGAAAUAAAGAUGAAGAAAAUGAAAAGAAAUUAUCUUUACGUGAUAUUGCAAAAGAAUGGACACGUAAUCCAAUGCGUGCUGCUUGUAAAGCUUAUAUAACUUGUCGACAAGAACUUUCAGUACUUUUAACAACUGGUUCACAUCCAAAUAUAGUUCCACUUAUUGGUUUAUGUAUUCAACCAUUAAGUUUAAUGUUACAAUAUGCUCCAAUGGGAUCACUUGAAUCUAUAUUGAAAGAAUAUAAACGAACAAAUACACAACUUGGAUUAACUACCUAUCAAAAAUUAAUUAUUCAAAUUGCUAGUGCUAUUGAUCAUUUACAUAAUAAUAAUAUAAUUUAUCUUGAUCUUAAAUCAGAAAAUGUUCUUGUUUGGAAUAUGCCACAACCACGUUUACCAUCAAGUGGACAAGUCCUUGUUAAAUUAUCAGAUUUUAGUAUUAGUCGAGUAUUAUCAUCAAUUGGUACGAAAGGUUUUGCUGGUACUGAAGGAUAUAUUGCUCCAGAAAUUGUUCGAUUUACUGGUGAUGAGUUAUAUACUGAAAAAGCUGAUAUAUUUUCUUUUUCUAUGCUUAUGUAUGAAUGUCUUUCAUUAAAUCAUCCAUUUAGUCGAAAUAAACGUGAUCAUGCACGAGAAUUAAUUUUACAUGGUUGGCGACCAUCAUUAACUGAACAGGAAUUAUCAUCUCCAACAUUGAUUCUUGAUUUAAUGGUUGCCUGUUGGUCUGAGCAUCCUCAUGAUCGUCCAUCAGCAAAAGAUAUAUAUAAAUUAGCAAGUUCAUUAGAAUUUCGACAUUUAAUGGAUAUAAUUGAAAUUGGUAAUCGUGAAGAAUUUAAUGAUUCAAAUACAUUAGCUGCUGUUUCUUAUCGAGAAAAUAAUGAACAUGAUGAUAAUGAUGAUGAUGAUAUCGAUAUUCCAACUGCAGAUUGUUGGCUUAUUCGACAAUCAAAACAAGAACAACAAUCAUCGAUUGUUAUUGUUGCUUAUGAUCAAUUCAAUGCUGUUAGUCAACAGAUAAUUAAUCUUGGCAAUUGUGAUAUUCGUUCAAUUUAUUAUCAUAAUCGUGAUCAUGUUAUAAUUUUAGCUGAUCGUCAAAAUAUGAUCUAUAUUUAUUGUACACAAACAUUUCAAAAAUUAAAUCAAUUUCUUCUUGUACAUCAUCAAGAAAAUGGUCAUCCAAUACAUAUGUCAAGUUUAUCUGAAACAUCAAUUAUUUUUUUACUUUUAUCUGAUAAUUCAAUAUAUAGUAUUGAUCUAUCAAUACUUUUACAUCGAUCAAGAAAUUUAAAUCCAAUAACAGUUGAUCUUUGUUAUCGUUAUGUAGCUAAUGUUUCAUUACCAACAUUUAAAAUUCUUGCAUUACCAACAGCUAGUGGUCGAAAUGUAGAAAUUUGGUGUGGUUGUUCAUUAGGAAAUUUACGUAUUAUUGAUGUUCGUACAGCUCAAUUAUCUGUUCAAUUAUCACAUCAAUUAUUAACUGGUUCAAGUGCUGUACAUUUACUUUGUGCAUCGAAAAAUUCACCUUAUCAAUAUUCAAUUUGGACUGCAAUGAAAACCGAAAGUUUUGUAUGUAUUUGGAAUCAUCUCUCUCGUCGUAUGACUAAUCAAAUUGAUUGUGCACAAAUUAUUAGACGAUCUAAUGAUGAUUCAAAUAUAACUAUUGAUUCAAUCUUACCUACUCGAAUACUUGUAUUUAUUGGAUUAAAUACUGGUCAUAUAAUUAUUGUUAAAUCAUUAAAUAUUCAAGUUUUAUAUACUGUUCAUGCUUAUGAUCAACAAAUUUUACAUUUAUUUGCACUUUCUUCAUCCGCUUUAUCAUCAUCAACAACAGCAACAACAAAUGAAUUAAAUGAUAAUCGAUUUAUAACACAAUUUAAAUAUUUACAAGAAAAAUUUGAAUUACAUCGAUUUAAUCGAGGAUAUAAUUUUCGUACUCCAUUUCUAACUAGAUCUGAUGAUAAUGAUCUUGAUAAUAUAUCAUAUAUGUUAGCUAUUGGUUAUGGAGCAAAACCAUGUCAAUCAAUUUUACAAUUACAAAAAUAUUCAUCAGAUUCAAUUUUCUUACAGACAUGGUCAUUAGAUGAUUUUAUUCUCUAA